AUGUCCAAAAUUAUUAACAAAGUAAAGGAGAAAACGUCUGGAGUUCGUCCCUCAGCAGGGAACGCGGACAACAAUGACCAACAGCACCGCGACUCUGAGGAGCAGCGGUUCGGUAUCCUGCCACACCCUGCAAAAUCCAACAAUCCUGCUGAGCUGGAGAAUCCUCAGGCAGGUGCAGGCCUGAACGACAACUUAGGGAUUCAAGCGCAUCAUGCUCAUGGCCCGCAUAUUCCAAGUCGUGACGUAGCAAACAAUCUUGAGCAGCCCGCGAGCCGUGAGGAGUUAAGGAAGAGGGGGGAAGAACUGAACAAGUAG